AUGGAAGAACCGCGACCUGUACCCGAGGUCCCUGCUGCAACGUUUAGGAAAAGAGGACCCAAGUCGAAAGCCACGGUGCGAAAGCGAGUUGAGUCGCCAACUGACAUAAACGACGAUUCCGGUUUCACGUCUUCUGAGGACGAGGAGGGCCGACAGAUCAAGCGGCGGAGGAAAAAUGCUGGACUCACAGCUAAAUCCACAGCGUCAGGAACGCACUCCAAGCAUGACGUACAGGCGUCAUCAACUGCUGUCCUUCCCAUAACCACGAACGAUGCGACAAAAGCCUCAAAUUGGUUUGAUGAGAGACACGGUAAUAUGAACUCGGAGACUCUACCUGAAACAACGCAGGCGCGACCCAUUGCUGCUACACAAUCAGACGGCACCUAUAAAGGCCAGGCGAACUACCAAUCCUUUAUCCAGAAAAAUCCCGAUGCGCCUUCGAAACAGGUUGGACCAGUCAAAUCCUCAACCAACGUUCGCACGAUCACAGUCAUAGAUUUUGCGCCGGACGUCUGCAAGGAUUACAAACAAAGUGGAUAUUGUGCGUUUGGCGACACCUGCAAAUUCUUACAUGCAAGAGAAAGCUAUAAGCAGGGCUGGGAGCUGGAUCGGGACUGGGAAAUAGGGACGAAAGGCAAGAAGUUGCAAGGCAAGACUGUCGCUUCAGCGAAUCGCUCGGCUCAGAACGGCAAUGAAGACGAGGAUGACGAAACGGUCUUGGAAAGUAUUCCAUUUGCAUGUAUCAUCUGCAAGAAAUCCUACAAAAGUCCGAUAACCACGAAGUGCGGGCAUUAUUUCUGCGAGAGCUGCGCGUUACAACGGUAUAGAAAGAAUCCAUCAUGCGCUGCAUGUGGAGCAGGAACGGGAGGGGUGUUCAAUGUGGCAAAGAAGCUGAACAAGCUUCUAGAGAAGAAGAGGGAGCGAGCACAGAAGCGGAAAGAACAGGCAUUGGCGAAAGGGGAACAACUUAGCGACGGCGAAGAAGAUGAUGAAUGA